AUGAACAAGUCUUGCGACAUCAAGAGGCUUAAAUACUUUUCCUUUGCGUCAUACGAUGCUUCCAGAUCUCAUCGCCCACUCAUUCACAAUGCGUCUCACAACUGCUUUCCCUUAGCAUCUGAUGCUCCUCUCAGUGGGCUUGGCAGCGCAAAGAACGGAGCCAAAGAGGCAGUGUUCAACGCGGGUGCCGUAAUAACCAACAAGGCGUCUGAAAUCAAGACGGGCCUGGGUGCCGGGACUCAGAUGAUCGGGACCGCACUUGGGAGUUCUUCAGCCACCCAGCCAGCCGAGGGCCUGUUCAAGCGCGACCAAGAAAAUGCACAAAAUGCAAGCCGUUUUAAUCCUCGUAAGCAGUUGGGAUCGUACAGCGUGUAA